AUGCAGCAUUUGACUGCAGAGCCAGGAACAGGCCCUGGUGCAGAGGCAGGAACAGACCCAGACCCUGGUGCAGGCCCAGGAACUGACCCAGACCCUGGUGCAGGCCCAGGAACUGACCCAGACCCUGGUGCAGGCCCAGAAACAGACCCUGACCCUGGUGCAGAGCCAGGAACAGACCCUGACCCUGGUGCAGGCCCAGAAACAGACCCUGACCCUGGUGCAGAGCCAGGAACAGACCCUGACCCUGGUGCAGAGCCAGGCUUUCACCUGAGCUCACAGAGGGCAGGACCCCAGGGCACAGCUGUGCCUGGCUCCAGUGACUCCAUCAGGUUCAUGUGCCUGGCCAUGGAGCACUGCUCCCUGUGA